GGGCCUCUCCCCCGCCAUUUCAGAAAUGGCGGCUCCGCUGGGCGGUAUGUUCUCUGGGCAGCCACCGGGACCCCCGCAACCCCCGCCGGGACUCCCGGGCCAGGCGUCGCUUCUUCAGGCCACUCCGGGCGCUGCGAGAAUUUCUAACAGUACCUUGGUGGACGAAUUGGAGUCAUCUUUCGAAGCUUGCUUUGCUUCGCUGGUGAGUCAGGACUAUGUCAAUGGCACAGAUCAGGAAGAAAUUCGAACUGGUGUUGAUCAGUGUAUUCAGAAAUUUCUGGAUAUUGCGAGACAGACAGAAUGUUUUUUCCUACAAAAAAGAUUGCAGUUAUCUAUCCAGAAACCAGAGCAAGUUGUCAAAGAGGAUGUCUCGGAACUAAGGAACGAAUUACAGCGGAAAGAUGCUCUGGUCCAGAAGCACUUGACGAAAUUGAGGCAUUGGCAGCAGGUGCUGGAGGACAUCAAUGUGCAGCACAAAAAGCCAGCCGAAAUCCCUCAGGGCUCCUUGGCCUACCUCGAGCAGGCGUCUGCGAAUAUCCCUGCACCCAUGAAGCAAACCUGAGUCAAAGCCAGCCUGCAAACCAGCUGGUGGAUGAGUCAGCCUCAGCACAGUCUUGCCAAGCAUCACUUGUAGACACGAUAUUUUGGAAAAUCUCUUUGCCAGGGAAUGACAUGAUUUUAGUUUUAUGUGCCCACCUAAAAUUUUUCCGCUAUGUAAGUGUUAUUUCUUGAGUACUUUAUAAAAUGCUUACAGCCUUGGUAAACCAAGUAAAUUUUUUUGUCUUUA